GGACAUAUCUGGCGCGCCAGUGUCUAAAGAAGAGGAGUCCAUCACACCAGUGAGUAGUAAGCUGCCAUUGUUCAACUUCAACAACCAGAUGCAUGGCUACCUAGCUUGCUUGCGUCCGGUGAAGGGAACCAAACAACCUAUUUAUGAACCAUUUUCAUCGUUGGAAAAUAAGCUCCCGUUAACUCUAAAGUCACAUGGCAUAGAGGGUCACUGAGAACAAGAUGAUCCUUAGGUGAAAUGGUUGUUUGUAUACGCUUGUGAACACAGUCUUGUGCUCGAAUAUGUGACUUGUUUUGCUCUACUGGAGUAUAAACGUAAAGGCUGAACAUGUAUAUUUUGUAAUCAUAUGCUAAAAUAUAUGACUUGUUUUAACAUGAAGGUUGAACAUGUAUAUUUUGGGAUCAUAUGCUAAAAUAUGUGACUUGUUUUGCUCUACUGGAGUAUAAAAAUGAAGGUUCAACAUGUAUAUUUUGUAAUCAUAUGUUAAAAUAUGUGACUUGUUUUGCUCUACUGGAGUAUAAACGUGAAGGUUGAACAUUA